GAUACUUCCUUCAUAAGCCAAUCUUCUUUUUCUAUUUUUAAUUACUUUUUUUUUCCCUUGAAAUUACAACAGCUAUACAUUUAAAAAGAACCCUUUCUUGCUCCUUGUUUAACUUUGCCUCAACUUUUUAUAUAUAUUGCUGCUCUAGUGUUCAAGUUGGGGAAGGUUUUUAGGGAACAGCAGCAUGAGUGCUUCAAAGUUCAUUAAAUGUGUUACAGUUGGGGAUGGAGCUGUUGGCAAAACCUGUAUGCUCAUUUGCUACACUAGCAACAAGUUCCCAACUGAUUAUAUACCAACAGUGUUUGACAAUUUCAGUGCUAAUGUGGCUGUGGAUGGGAGCAUUGUUAAUUUGGGUUUAUGGGAUACUGCAGGUCAAGAGGAUUAUUGCAGGCUAAGACCACUGAGUUACCGAGGUGCAGACAUAUUUGUGUUGGCUUUCUCAUUAAUUAGCAGAGCAAGCUAUGAAAAUGUUCUCAAGAAGUGGAUGCCGGAAUUGCGUAGAUUUGCCCCGAACGUUCCGAUUGUUCUGGUUGGAACAAAGCUAGAUCUUCGGGACGAUAGAGCUUAUCUUGCCGAUCAAAUGGGGUCUAAUAUCAUAACGUCUGCUCAGGGAGAGGAACUGAGAAAACAAAUUGGUGCAGCAGCUUAUAUAGAAUGCAGUUCCAAGACUCAGCAGAACGUGAAAGCCGUUUUUGAUACUGCGAUCAAGGUUGUUCUUCAACCACCAAGGAGGAAAGAGGUAGCGAGGAAGAAAAGACGCCGAAGGUCCGGCUGUUCAAUCAUGAGUUUGGUUUGUGGAGGAUGUGAUGCAUGAUCAGGGAGAUGGCAGUUGAGGAUUGCUAAUCCUCAACAGGGAAUUUAAUGGGAGUGCAUGACAGAGGGAAUUGUUCAUUCUCUCAUGAAUUAUGAUUAGUGUAUUGCUUUCUGUCUUCUUUUGUAGUUUCUGUUGAAAUAUGUUUGUUUAAUGUAAUUUUUUUACCUUUGGUUAAGUUAUAUUCAAUCUCCUUUUUGUUACAA